GCUGUCGUUAAGAAAAACCAGCUUUGCCAGCUUGCCCAAAAGCAAGAUGGCCGCUAAUCUCUAUUCUCUCCUUACGAAGUGAAGCCAUCCACUCCCUGCUUAAUGCCGCUGCCAGGCUGCCCUCACUUAGUAUGGCUGCUCUGGCUCAUGCCUCACUAUGGUCUCGAAGCCGCCACUAACCGGCCAGGUUCCGGGAGGCGCUGUUCAGGAUGCAGCCACCCCCGCCCGCCUCUCCCCUCCCCCACGCCCGCGGCGGCGGCGGCGGCGGCUGGAGCCCGGAUGCGGCGCCGUGAGACAGGCCCGGGCGAGCGGUGCGGAUGGAUCCAACAUGGCGGCGCCGAACCUGAACCGAGAUACAUUGGGGAUUACAGCUGCUGAGCAGGGAUUCUGGAAGGCUUUGCAUUCCUGAGCCCCCAGCAUGGCGGGCCUAAAGCGGAGGGCAAACCAAGUAUGGCCAGAAGAGCAUGGUGAGCAGGAGCAUGGGCUCUAUAGCCUGCACCGCAUGUUUGACAUCGUGGGCACCCACCUGACACACAGAGAUGUGCGCGUGCUUUCCUUUCUCUUUGUUGAUGUCAUCGAUGACCACGAGCGUGGACUCAUCCGAAAUGGACGUGACUUCUUACUGGCAUUGGAGCGCCAGGGCCGCUGUGACGAGAGUAACUUUCGCCAGGUGCUGCAGCUGUUGCGCAUCAUCACUCGACAUGACCUGCUGCCCUACGUCACCCUCAAGAGGAGACGGGCUGUGUGCCCUGAUCUUGUAGACAAGUAUCUGGAGGAGACAUCAAUUCGCUAUGUGACCCCCAGAGCCCUCAGUGAUCCGGAACCGAGGUCUCCGCAACCCUCUAAAACAGUGCCUCCCCACUAUCCUGUGGUGUGCUGCCCCACUUCGGGUCCUCAGAUGUGUAGCAAGAGGCCAGCUCGAGGGAGAGCCACACUUGGGAGCCAGCGAAAACGCCGGAAGUCAGUGACACCAGAUCCCAAGGAAAAGCAGACAUGUGACAUCAGACUGCGGGUUCGGGCUGAAUACUGCCAGCACGAGACUGCUCUGCAGGGCAAUGUCUUCUCUAACAAGCAGGACCCACUUGAGCGCCAGUUUGAGCGCUUUAACCAGGCCAACACCAUUCUCAAGUCCCGGGACCUGGGCUCCAUCAUCUGUGACAUCAAGUUCUCUGAGCUCACCUACCUCGACGCAUUCUGGCGCGACUACAUCAAUGGCUCAUUACUAGAGGCACUUAAAGGUGUCUUCAUUACAGACUCCCUCAAGCAAGCUGUGGGUCAUGAAGCCAUCAAGCUGCUGGUGAAUGUGGACGAGGAGGACUAUGAGCUGGGCCGACAGAAACUCCUGAGGAACUUGAUGCUGCAAGCAUUGCCCUGACCUUUUCUCCCUUCUCACCUCUCUGGGAACUGUUCCCAUCACCCACCUCUGGAGCUUAUAUACUGUUCUGGGGUUUGUUCUCUACCCUUCCAACCAAUCACACCCUUGCCUUUUUUUUUUUUUUUUUAAAGGAAAAGACAGAGGAAAGUGGAAGUGGUGUUCCCCCACCCCUACCUGCACCCAUGUGCCUGGGCUUCCCCUUUGUUUCCACUUACCCCUGAUGUGUGUCUCUACAGCCACCUUACCACUGAGCCGUAAGACAAAUGUAUAGGGAGAAGCAAAGUCUAUAGAACAUAGUCUUUGGAAGGGAUUGAAGUGAACACUGCUUUUGGGUGCAUCGAGGGGUUAUCAAUACUUCUGGCUUUAUGAGGGCUCUUAAACUUCGUCUGAAAAACCAAAGGGCUGUGAGUAAGGGAGCUAUGUGGAA